AUGGAUGCUCAGGAUCAGAUGGAAUUGAAAUACAAUCCAGGUAAUGAAGUCGGUGGCAUGGAAUUGUGUAUUGUCUGUGGUGAUAGGGCUUCAGGAAGACACUAUGGUGCUAUUAGCUGUGAAGGGUGCAAAGGUUUCUUUAAACGGUCAAUCCGCAAGAAACUUGGCUAUCAGUGCAGAGGUAGCAUGAAUUGUGAAGUGACAAAACACCAUAGGAACAGGUGCCAGUACUGCCGUUUACAGAAGUGCUUGGCCUGCGGUAUGAGGAGCGACUCGGUUCAACACGAAAGGAAGCCAAUUGUUGAAAAGGUGAAGAGUGAAAGGGAUGUCCACGAACGACAGGUCGCCUACUCCAAGCUGUUAGGACUUGCUAAUCAUUCUCAAGGACAGAUAAACCCCAAAGAAGAAUCAAGCGAAGCAUUUGGUGCUGUGUCCCCUGCUGCUCCAGCUUUAAACUUUGCACUUGCAGCGGCGGUUGCUUUUAAUAAAGGAAAUCCAGCUGUGUCGCCAUACUUGGGUAGCGGAGCUAAUGAGUUAGAAGGAGCAAGACGCCAACAGAUCAUGUUGCAGACCCAACUCGCUAAGAAUCUCUUUAAAAUGGGACAAUUUGGUGCAAUAAACGAAUAUUUGCAAUCUGCGUACGCGGCGACCCCACCUGAUGUGCCAAUGGCUUCUCUUCACGCAGCUGACACACAACAGAAUGAAGGUGAAGAAGUAGGUAUUCUAAGUACCCCGGAAUCAGUAGAGCUACCGCUUUCCCUGCCCGCUGGUUCUCCGCCUGCGCCGCUGCGCUUGCACGCCGCGUGCGAAGCGGGCGCGAGACUUCUAGGCGCAGUUGCCCGUUGGAUGCUAGCCCUGCCCAAUGUCACCGCUUUUCCGUUUGAAAUCCAAGUGACUCUACUCCGUAAGUCCUGGGCGGAAUUGUUCGUACUGGGCUUAUGCCGAUGGUCUCAGGCCUUGGGCCUCGACACUCUCCUGGCCAUGAUGUCAGCCCACCUCCACGCGGAAUUGAGGGAACGAGCCGACAACAGAUUGGCGCAGAACACCCAGACCAGCAGCGAGAUCAGCACGCCUGAAAUAACAAUAUCUGACUACUCCGACGAGCGCAUCACCGAAGUAUCAGCGAUGCUGACCCGCUUGCAUCAGGUCGUGGGGAACAUGCAUCAGCUGAGAAUCAGCGACCGGGAGCAUGCGCAUAUGCGGGCAUUGUGCCUCUUCUCGCCAGAUGGCGUCCCGGACUUCCUCACGCGAAAACUACAAGACUACCAGAUGAAGGUGCUGCGGUCCCUCCGUUCCAUUUGCGACGAGGAGAGGGCGCUGACCCUCGUCCUGCAGCUGUCCACCCUUCGCAGCUUCACGCCGACAUUCAUCGAAGACGUCUUCUUCGUUGGCUUCGUCGGUGACGUCAGCAUCGAUGACGUCAUACCCUACUUGUUGAAUGCGGAACGAUAA